AUAAUCAUAAUAAUAAUAAUAAUAAACAAAUGAAUUAAAAAAAAACACAAAACCAAAAUAAAUAAAUCGAAAUCAAAAUUAAACACAAAACCCUAGAAGAUUCGUUUCCUAAUAGAUAACUGCUGAAUUUUUGGGAUAGCGAAUUCGUUUGGGAAUCUCUUGGUUCUCGAUUCCUCGCACGUGAGUUUGAUCGAGAUCUGAAGUGUUUCGAUCCGUAAAGAGGUGGGAGACAUUGACAGAAUGGCGGAUGACUAUGAGAUGAAUGACAUGGAGGAUGAUAUGGAUGAAGAAUUUCAUGAAAGAGGGAUGGAAGAUUCAGAUUACGACGAGGAAGAAAACGCCCAUUCAAAUGAUAGAGUAACAGACACUUCAUCUGCAGAAGCAAGAAAAGGAAAGGAUAUCCAAGGGAUACCCUGGAAUAGGUUAAGUAUCACAAGGGAUAAGUACAGACAAACUAGACUAGAGCAAUACAAGAAUUAUGAGAAUGUUCCUAAUUCUGGAGAAGUUUCAGCUAAGGAAUGCAAACCAACCAAGAAAGGAGGAAACUAUUAUGAGUUUUGGCGCAACACAAGAGAUGUGAAGUCGACUAUCCUUCAUUUUCAGCUUAGGAAUCUAGUCUGGGCAACAUCAAAGCAUGAUGUUUACCUUAUGUCACACUAUUAUGUUAUACAUUGGUCUGCUUUGACCUGUGAGAAAACUAAAGUUCUGGACGUUUCAGGGCAUGUGGCACCAUGUGAGAAACAUCCAGGUAGUCUAUUGGAAGGAUUUUCACAGACACAAGUCAGUACACUGGCAGUUAAGGAUAAGUUGCUUGUCGCUGGUGGAUUUCAGGGAGAACUUAUAUGCAAGUAUUUGGAUCGACCUGGAAUUAGCUUUUGUUGCCGGACAACUUAUGAUGACAAUGCAAUUACUAAUGCGGUGGAAAUUUACAACAGCUCCAGUGGGGCUCUGCACUUUAUGGCAUCAAAUAAUGAUUGCGGAGUCAGAGACUUUGAUGUGGAAAAGUUUCAGAUAUCUAAGCAUUUUCGGUACCAAUGGCCAGUGAAUCAUACAUCCCUGAGUCCUGACGGGAAGCAACUUGUCAUCGUUGGCGACAAUCCUGAGGGAAUUCUGGUGGAUGCUCAUACCGGAAAGAACAUCCAAGAAUUGCAAGGGCACUUGGACUACUCCUUUGCGUCAGCAUGGAACCCGGAUGGCCUCACAUUUGCGACAGGUAAUCAAGACAAGACCUGUAGAAUCUGGGACACCCGAAAUCUAUCAAAAUCUUUAGCUGUCUUAAGAGGAAAUCUUGGAGCGAUCCGAUCCAUCCGAUACUCAUCGGAUGGUCGGUUCAUGGCAAUGGCAGAGCCUGCGGAUUUUGUCCAUGUCUUUGAUGUAAAUAGUGGGUAUCAGCAAGAACAAGAGCUCGAUUUCUUUGGGGAGAUUUCUGGCAUGUCCUUUAGUCCAGACACCGAGGCUUUAUUCGUCGGUGUAUGGGACAGAACUUAUGGGAGCUUAUUGCAGUUUAACCGUAGAAGGAAGUAUUUGUACUUGGAUUCGCUAGUUUGAGGCUAUGAAGAUGGCCAAGGAUUGUGUUCUUGAUAUUAUAAGGUUGGGACGUUUUAGAAGUCUAUAAAGGGGAGAGGUGUAAAGUUAUGGUUUGAGGAUAGUGCAGUUAAGUAGUGAAUUGAAGAAUUCCAUAGCUCACUGUAAAAAAAAAAAAACACCCAUACGUUUGUAGAAGAGUAUUGACUGUAUUUACUCAUGGUGUUAGUGUUUUUUUUUUAUCAUGAA